UCCUCAUCCUCCAACGACGUGUAUCCCUCGUCAUCCUUCAACCAAUCCUCGUCUCUCCUCCGUGCCUCGUCCUCCAGAUCCUCGAGGACGCUGGUGGAAGAGGAGGACUUCCUGUACGACCUCAAGGAACUCCCCGACGGCCGAGAGAUCUCAAUCUACCUUCUGGAGGGCGAGAAGAAGAGAUUAAUGUUCCCUCUGGAUGCCGAAGGCUCUCUCGCCAUUGUCGUGACGCCCUGCGAAACGCCCUUAGUCUGGACUCUCUCGCUCCGCUCACACGCCCCCUUCUACAGUGCGAGUGAGUCGGAGUUUCGAGGCGAUUCGUUGUUCGCCGACGCUGCUUCGAACCGCACUAUUCGCACAGACGGUGAUUCGAAGUUGUCGGAAGACGAAAGGCGAUCGAAUACUCCCAGACGGCUACAUGAUCCUACGCGGGACACCCUAACGGAGGUUCCGAUCCUCAGAGAAGAGCGUAAAACAGAAGACGAUCGAAGAGUGUCUGCUGCGGUGAGGGGUUAUGGGAUCGAGCGAGGGAGUUAUAAGGAAGUGGUUUUGAAGGAGUACGAAGGCCAUGAAGCUGUGGUGUUCCAAGAAGCGACGGCGACGAUUGGUUUGUAUGUGAUUCAGAUCCGUGCUGAGGGCGGGCCGACCUACGUGCACGUGCAGGCCAGUACCAAGGGACACCUGACUCCGCCCACCGUCCGUGUCAAGGUCGCCAGCACGCCCACGAUUGAGGGCGUCACGCUCACGUGGGCGAACAGACUGAUGUAUACAGUAUCCUGA